CAAGGAGCCUCGUAAUGGAUAAAGCCGGAACAAGGAAGUGCGGAGAAAGUUCUCGUGGAUGUAUCAUAUAUUGCAGACGAAGUCACACUCCGAUUAAAAUGGAUUUAGGAUUUGAGACUUCGGAAAAAUAUUGGAGGGAACAAGCUCUCAUCGACGCUAACACAAAUCGUGAACUGCGGUAUCAACACGGAAGAGGGCCCUGUAACAUCUUCAUACUUGACACAUCAGCAAGCCUUGGUGAGGACGGUUUCCUACUGAUGAAAGAGACAUUUUGUACUAUACUUACAGAGUUUGCAAAUCACCCAGAGGAAGACGAAAACGUGGCUGCCAUCAUUUGUGGAAAACACACCAGAUUCCUACACUACUUCUCAAACCAGUACAGGGAAAUAUCACGGAGUUUAGAUUGUGUUGAAUUUGGAGGCCUUUCUCCUCUAACUGGGGCAUUUCUUCUGUGUCUGGGAUCAACACACAAUGGCGCAAGUCAUACUUCAGUGAUGUGCGAGUUUAGAAUACGUCCACGAAUUAUUCUUAUUUCGGACGGACGACCAACAAAUUUUAAUUCAAUUAGUGAUGCUGACGAUUCAGUUUCGUAUGAAACGGAAGAGGCAAAAGAUCAUCUUCAAACAGUUACGAGACAUGUUGGACGAUGUCACCCAAUAUUUUGCAUACCCGUUGGCAAAAAUCCGGAUAUGCUAUUUUUGGAGUUUCUGUGUAACCGAUCAAGGGGAGGAAAGAUUGUGUAUCCACAUGAAGCCAAGCAGUUUGCAAGAUACUCACAAAAUCUGAGAGCGGCCUCGCUGAUGUCUUCUCCAGGAACGCAUGGCUUUAUGGACCGCGAACUUUUACUCUCUGUUCUGACAUAUGCACAUCCUGGAAAGGUUUUCACUGAAAUGGAUAAGGAGGACAUCUUCGACAUUUGUAUGAAGAAAUCCCUAUACACAUCGGAACCUUUAGACUCGGAUGAAGAGGACGAAGAAAGCGGAACUACUAAUGAGAAAAGCAAUCCUUACAUGCCACAUUUGGGAACAAGAGUAAAACGUGGACCAGACUGGAAGUGGAAAAACCAGGACUGGCAUGGUCCUGGCACAGUGAUAGGGUACUCCAAGAAAGCUGGCUGGUUAAGAGUUCAGUGGGACAGUGGUGUCAAAAACGUGUACAGGCACGGAGAAACGUUUUUGGAGGGACACAAAUAUGACGUCAUUGCGUGUGAUAUACCAAGAAUUUUAGAAGAUGAAAUAAUUGGCACGGGGUGUUUGGUUGUUAGAGGUCCAGAUUGGGAGUGGGAGGAUCAAGAUGGCGGAGAAGGGAAUAUUGGAUCAGUAUUUAGAGUCCUAAACAACGCCACUGUCUACGUCAGAUGGCCAAAUGGUAUUACGGGAAACUAUAGAUUUGGUUGUCAAGGAAAGUUUGAUUUACAGUUAUGUGACCCAUUCUCAUCGGAGGCAGUACGAUUUCUACAGGAGGAGACAAGAGAAACUGUAUUAAAUACUCAACUCUCCCAUUCGUCGGACUUUGAUGUAGAUGCAAGUGGUUUUCAGAAAGAGGGUGAGAGAUUUUGCGUGCCAUCAGAUUCAAUUUCCGGUGAAAAGGAGCCGUCAGCAAGUAGUGUUCCAUUGUUAAAAGUAGUUAAAGGAGUCUACUAUAAAAACGACAGAUCAGAGAACGACCCGGACUCUUCACCAGAUUUAGAGACAGAUGCACCAGUAGCAUUUAAUCAGUGGAUGUGGAGAGAUAUCGGCGGGAAGUGGAAUUCAUAUCCAAGGAAAAUCAAUAAUAAAAUAAAUAAGUGUUAUCAGAGAAAUCCAAAUGCUACCGUCAUAGUGGAAAUGGGCGAUUGCAUUUAUAGAAUUGUUAUGGGAAAGAACAUCCAGAUAAACUUGAACACGAGAGAGACUCUGGAAGUAAAGUUGUUCAAAGAUUGAGCUGAAGAAAACCAAUAGUGUCACCUUACAUUUCAACAAUAUGGUGACCUGACGGGGUCUUUAGUUGUAGAUCUUACGACCAUUUACUGAAUGACGACGAAAAUAAAUUUGAAGAAUAUAAAAAUAUAUAAGGUUUAUUGUGUUAUUAUAUACAAGAUCACUUAUUGUAAAACUUAAAUUCUUCGAGAUCUGCAAGGUAGCCUGAAACAAAAUCAUAGAAAUACUAUAUAUAAAACAGAUAUCAACAUGAGGAAUGAGUCUUUAAGUCAAUUAAAAACUUGGAAAAGAGACAGAUUCAGUUAGGCACGAACUUUAUUGAUAGUGUUCACCCAUCGUAAGUUAGUAGUCUGCUAUUGUUACAAUUUUCUCUCAAUCAUUAAUUAUAAAUAAAUCUUAUCAAUUGUU